AUUCUCCUGCCUAUUUACUUCAUGUCGUCUAGACAAAAGUCGUUCUUCGAUCAGGAUCAUAGCUCCAAGGUGAAUUGUCAAAUAUCUUGCGACGCGUCCGCCGAAGUCUAAUUCGCCAUAGUCGAGAGCGCGAUGGCAAGGCAAUCGCAGCUUUGACAAGAAGUCGAACAUGAACGAGGCCACCAACAAACCUGCUGCUCUUCCGACGAAACCUCCGAUUCAGCCCUCUACAGAGACGAAGUCCAAAUUGAAAGCCUUCGAAUUCGCCCGCCACCCCGACAAGGAGAACGGCAACACCACCAUCCUUGCCUCUGCUCCAUUGUCGCAGGACAAGCAAGCCCACGCACCGUCCUCGCCCAUCAAGACUGUCCAGGACAAACCUUUACCCUCGACACCGGCUAUGCGCCUGCCUCUCGCUGACCUCAUCGGAAACGCCGAGGACGCUUUACGAAGACCCACGCCACAAGAAGAGUCCCCUGUUGAGGAGAUCGGCUGGAUAGCAAAUAGCUCACACCCAGAUCUGACUCCUCGUCAAAGGAGGCAACGUCCACAGAGUUCCUCGCCUGUCAAUUCGUCCCAAAACGAUCCCUCCGAUCUUCCCGACGCCAAUCUCCCACAAUCUGCCUUCAAGACCCCGAGGGCCGACCCUGCUGCUGAUCUGUGGACACGAUACGCUACCGGCAGAAACCCUGACGACACCCCGAUCGAGAAACGGAUACCCUCUUUCGCCCACCUCAUGAACGACUCAUCACCUAGAUCGGCUCCUAGAACGCCGGGAGGCAGCGUUGGUGGGCUGAGGAGAUGGGCGAGCUGUGGCCUAGAAUUCCCUUCUUCUCGAGUCAAGCGGCGUCGCGUCAAUGGAAUCUUCCGCGACAAUAACAACAGCAAUCCCCAGGACCCAUCUGUCGCAAAGCCCUUGUCACGAGUGGGCAUGCUAGUCGAAAAGGUCCAGGAAUCUCUUGCUCAUAAAGACAUUCCUUCGAGCUCUUCACCUUUGCCGGACAAAGGUGAGUUCCCAAAAAUUCACAUGGCUAUGUCGGAUCAUCAAAGGUCACAACCUCGCUCAGCACGUUCAUCACAACAGUACUCAUACCAGAAUGAUGAUACUGAAUUUGACGAUACUGAAAUCACGUUGGACGAUAUUGCCGAAAUCCAGCAGACAGGCCUUGCUCAAGAGGACUCGAUGGCCACCACAACGAUAAUGAAUACUAUUGACGAAGAUGAUGACGAAUUCGACGACGACGAGUUUGGCGACGAUCUUGACGUCGAUGAGAUAGAGAACGCUGUCUCCUUUUUCGAAAGCAGGCCUGGCACCUCCAACGGCCAGUUCGAGUCUCAACCGAAUACAUGUACUAUUGCGCAACAUAACACACCGCCGCUACAGAUAUCAGCACCACCGCUACAAGUACAAAAUCAGCCACAAACUUUUGAUCUUACUGGCUUUUCAGAUGACGACGAUGAGGAUGAUGACGAGUUUGGUGGCUCCGAAUUUGAUGAAGAGCAUCUUGUACAGGCUGAAAUGGCUGCUACUCAAGCGUUGGAGGCAAGCACAAGUGCUAGCUCUGUACGUAUCUCGAAUCUUCCCAGGUUAUAGAUAGCUAAGUGUUAUCCAAGACUACUCAAAAGUCGCG